AUGACGGAGGGCGUGAAAGGUACUGGUAAGGCUGUGCUUGAGAAAUUAGGCUAUUUAGGCGAUAGCGCCGGCCGCCGGAGUGACGUUCCGGUCACACUAAACCACGAACUCCCGAAUUCUGUUAAGGCGCUUGGUAUCUUGCCAGCCAACUACGGAACUUCAAUGUUAAACGUUAAACCCGUACAACCGUCGGCUAUUGUCGUUCUUCCGUUCACAUAUUAUGAUCAAGCGCUGUAUUUCAAUCGCGCGUUUCCCAGGAUCAACGACCCGAACACGCCUUUGCCGCAUUUUAAUGAAGAAGUGAUCAGUGGAUGCGUUACUUACCUGAGCAUAUACCAACUAGCUUUGGCCAGGGCGUCCUGGUCAAAGCUGGACCUCUUCGAUUUAGAUCCGCUCCGACCCGAAAAGACUCAAAAAAAAUCAGGCCGAUUCUCGGUAUUCGGUCCGGAUCACAUUGGAGUGCCUCGUCGUACCUCGUACCCAGAAGAACUUGAGAUGAUCAUGAACGACUUCCUGCAGAAAACCGCGUUAAAUGAUCAAGACUUGAUACUGUGA